ACCCACGAGACCAGUCUACGUCCACCGUCUCUCUCUCUCUCUCUUCGGACGCAUUGUUUACCAUUCCAUUCCGUCUCUUUCCUUUCUCCCUCGUACGUUAGACCUUUGACCUUCCUUUCAUCUUCUUUGCCUCCUCCUCCUCCUCCUCCCCCUUCUUCUGCCGCUUCCUCCGUCGUGCUCUGUACUCAAAGCUCGUGCGGCCCGAAAAGCUUCUUAUACGCCUCGCCCGUCGAUACCCUCUUCGCGCCGAGUCCGGAAGCUCCCGUCCCUUUUGACCGUCGGAUCGAUCGCUCGCUCGCUCGCGGAACACAACAGGAGCAUAUCAAGGAGGUCUAAUUCUUGCUUAUUGCUGCUGAGAGACUGAAUUAUCGUGUCUGUGAUAUAUAGACGGCUAAUUCAUCAAGACGGUUGCAUUCAAAUGCUAAACAUUGGCAGAAAUAGAAGUCAGGGCAGGUCUAACCGGUCUAUGUCAUUGGGAAUGGGAAGCAUGGAUUAUGCAGAUCCAAAAAAGAAGACCAAUAUUGUCGGGAAGAUUAUUUUGGCUGCUACCCUUACUGCAGUAUGCAUAAUAAUGCUGAAGCAAUCUCCAAAUUUCAGUACACCAAGUCGGUUCUCCAUUCAUGAGCAGGGAGUGACCCAUGUCUUAGUGACUGGAGGGGCAGGUUAUAUUGGUUCUCAUGCAGCAUUGCGGCUUUUGAAGGACUCGUAUCGUGUGACCGUAGUUGAUAAUCUCUCUCGGGGAAAUCUAGCUGCUGUAAAGAUUUUGCAGGAACUGUUUCCCGAGCCUGGAAGGCUGCAGUUUAUCUAUGCAGAUUUGGGGGAUGCAAAAAGUGUCAACAAAAUAUUUUCAGAAAAUGCAUUUGAUGCGGUGAUGCAUUUUGCUGCCGUAGCGUAUGUUGGAGAAAGCACUCUAGAACCUCUGAGGUAUUACCACAACAUCACAUCGAACACACUGGUAGUAUUAGAAGCUAUGGCUGCGCAUGGUGUCAAGACCUUGAUAUAUUCUAGCACAUGUGCAACUUACGGGGAGCCUGACAAGAUGCCUAUUACGGAGGACACUCCGCAGGUUCCAAUUAAUCCUUAUGGAAAGGCCAAAAAGAUGGCAGAAGAUAUCAUUCUUGAUUUCUCUAAAAAUUCUGACAUGGCUAUCAUGAUACUAAGGUACUUCAAUGUGAUCGGGUCAGACCCUGAUGGUAGACUGGGAGAAGCACCACGACCUGAAUUACGUGAACAUGGACGAAUAUCGGGUGCUUGUUUUGAUGCUGCCCGCGGGAUCAUUCCUGGGUUGAAGGUUAAAGGAACAGACUAUAGUACGCCGGACGGUACUUGUGUCAGGGAUUAUAUUGAUGUAACUGAUUUAGUUGAUGCUCACGUGAAAGCUCUUGAAAAGGCAAGACCCAAGAAAGUAGGAAUAUACAAUGUUGGCACUGGCAAAGGUAGAUCAGUGAAGGAAUUUGUGGAGGCUUGCAAGAAGGCAACUGGAAUGGACAUCAAAGUCGAUUUCCUGCCCCGCAGGCCGGGCGAUUAUGCAGAAGUGUAUAGUGAUCCCACCAAGGUCAAGCACGAGCUAAAUUGGACAGCGAAAUACACUGAUCUUCAACAGAGCUUGGGUAUUGCAUGGAGAUGGCAAAAGUCGCACCGCAACGGGUACGGAACUUCUAGAAUGGCUGCUUGAAGCAUCAUAUAUGCGAGUCGUUACUAGGAAACUAACACAACCCCCCUGCUAUGAAGUGCUGACUACACUCGAUAUUUCGAUCUUCGCCAUCACAGAAGUUAGAAUGAAGGGGGUUGGGAAGUGAGGAUAGAUUUGAUUCCUUCCGUCUUCUAUAUAUUGGGUUAAUUACAGGAAGAAGCAGCUCAUUCUUUGCAUGUAUUGUAAACAGUUUAAAUAAGGACGCGGGCCCUCCUUUUAGUCCA